AUGAACGGCGCUCCUUCGAACAUCUCGGCUGGCGUAGAUCCCACUUACUGGGGCGGCCACCAGGACUUCUCACCGGACUCCACAUCGCCAUUGUCGCCCUCACUAGGGCUCCAUCUGUCGCCGACACAGAGUAUCACCACCCAGAGCAGCAUCAAUGGCGGGACUCCUCCGGCGCAAACGCCCCAGUCGGACAGCGGCGGCAGCAAGGGAACCGGCCAGAAGAACAGCCAGAAGCAGUCAAAUAACGACCAGACCAGAGCCUCGGUCGCUGUCGCGUGCGUCCCAUGUCGCAGUAGACACUUGAAAUGCGACGGUGGUGUGCGAUGUUCCCGAUGUAGGACCGACAACGUGGAAUGUACCUACAUCAAGUCGCGAAGAGGCUGGAAGGGCAAGCGGAAAACCAAGGAAGACACGGGCGCGUCCACGACCCCGAAUGGCAUAUCUGCAUCUGAAGUCCAAGCCAGCAAUGGCCACAUCUCGUCACCUGAGUACUCGUACAACGGCGAUGCUGGCAUGAACCAGCUCAGCCCAACUCACGGUCUUGGCGUCCGACCUGUAGCCCCACCAGUUGCUCAACUCAACCUAAAUGGAUCCGCGCGUCUGAACCGAUUUGGCCACUUGGGACCCGAGACGGCUGUUCAGGCCUUCUACCACUUCUUCUACAACUCACAUCCCUUCUGCCUUCCGGAACGGAGGUUAGUGGAACUCUUCAAGGAACGACAUGCCCCACUCUUGGAACAUGCCGUGCAUUUCAUCGGAUCCAGCUACAUACCGUCGGUGCCCACGGCCAUGUACAAGGAAGCGUUAGACCGUCAGAUAGACAGCAACAACUACCCAAGAGAUGCGUGGUCGGUUCAAGCCCUCCUCCUCUUCGCCAUCGGUCUCCACGCCCACAAUGAAGUCCCCCGCGCCGCCCAGAUCUUCACCAUAGCCCAAAACCUGACGCUGGAAAUCGGCCUCAACCGGAUGGAAUUCGCGCUGAUGCACGGAGAAAACGACCCGCAGCUGGAAGAAAGCUGGCGGAGAACGUGGUGGUCCAUGUUCACGGCCAACGGCAUGAUGACAGCCGUCAACCCCGGCGUGCAAUUCCGACUGAAAGACGUCGUAACCGACGUGCCACUGCCAUGCGAGAACGUCGAGUACUUUUCAGGUCAAAUACCCUACCCCUCCACCCUCUCCGACUACGACGACUCAGCCUUCCUCCCCCACUUCACAACCUUCUCCUCCUUCACCUACCUCAUCGACGCCAUCCGCAUCCUAGGAAAAGUCUUCGAAUGCGCGCGUCUAGACUCCACUUUCGAAUACCACGCCGUCGACGUCGUAGACCAAUACCUGUGUAACUGGCGCUUACACCUCCCGGCAUCGAAAACAGACAUCGUCUCCAACGACGGCCACAUCGACGAAGUCCUCUUCCAGGCACACAUGGUAAACGCCGGCAGCACAAUAAUGCUGCACCGCCCGCGCAGCAACCUCGGUUUCGGCCGCGUCGAAGGCGUGAAUAUAUGCGUGCAACCCGGGCAGGUCCUGCUUCCCACGCAAACCCGCGAAAUCCACACUGCGAAAUGCCUCACGUCUGCCGAAAACAUCUCCUCCUUAAUCCGUCUACCCGGCCCCUUACUCUACCACACCCCCUUCUUCACCUGCGUCGUCGUAAUGGCGUCGGUCGUGCACCUCUCCUACUGGUCCUUCCUCGUCCCCGACGGCCAGGACGACAUCAUCAAGCAGAGCAUCCGGCUCGAUGUCGGCACGCUGCAGCAAUAUAGCAAUACGUGGCCGAUUGCGAAUGUGGUGUUGGGGCAGGUGAGGGGGGUGGCGCACACGCUGUUUAAUAGUAAGAAGGCGAUGUCAAUACAUCUUUGGAGCAAUUUGCAGCAGGAUGAUGUUAUUAGGGGUGUUAUUGAGGAGGGGAGGAGUGUGCCGACGCAGCAGUAUGCGCAGUUGAUCGCUCCGUGA